GUUUGAGUUUUAAAGUAUCAGCAAUGUACCUUUCAAACAUUGUCGUGUGUCUGGUGUUAAUAAUAACUGUAUUUGCGAAAGGGAUCUCCGCCGACGAAAUAUCCCAGUCCGCAGCAUGUCUUCAGGAAAAUAAUCUAACAAAGAAUGAACUUUUGGAAAUUUUGGAUUCGAUUCGAGCCGGUGCCAAGGAAGUGGAUUCACGUGUCAAAUGCCAUACCCAUUGUCUGAUGAAAAGUUUCGGGCAUUUAGAUGAAAAUGGCAAGUUCGAUCCUCAGUCAAUUGGUGAUGGAACUGAUUUAUCGGACAUUGGUAUGGCGGAUUUGGAGAAAUGCUAUGAAGAGUAUCAGGCCUCAGAUGACAAGUGCGAGUAUGCCUAUUGUGUUAUAACAACAAUGGAGAAUGUUGAAUAAAAUUUUGGAAAAACGUUUUGGGAUAUUUUUAAAUUGAUUAUCAAGAAUUUGGAAUUUUACUAAAAAAUUAAAUAAAAUGGAAUCAAAUAAUUUUUUUUUUAAAAAUUCACCCUAAUAUUGAAAUUAUUCAUCUGAAAUAUUUUUCACUUUUUCCUAGUGUUAUUAAAUUAUUUUUAAUUGUUCACCAUUUAAUUACAUCUCGCAUGCAAUGAUGAAAUUAUAUUCUGCUCAUUUUAAUCAAAUAAAAUCAGUCGGCAAAGCUCACGGAAAUUUCAAUACUACAGCUUCAACUACAAUCCCUACCACGACCACGAUGUAUCGCCAAUGUACAGUCUUGGUACUAGCUCUUCUAAUUUUUGUGGGAAAGAUCUCUACCGAAGACACCAGCAAACAUACGGCCUGCCUGGAAGAAAAUCAAAUGUCCGAAGAUGAACUCUAUAAUAUUUUGGACGAAAUUAAGGCCGGAGCGACAGAAAUCGAUCGACGUUUUAAAUGCUAUACCUUUUGUAUGAUGCAAAGUUGGGAGCAUUUGGAUGAAAAUGGUAUUUUGGAUAUGUCCACGCUUAAACACCACUCCAAUAUGACGGAAAGUGAGGUGGAACCUUUGGAGAAAUGCACCGAAGAGUAUCGUGGAAGCGAUGACAAAUGCGAGUAUGGCUACUGUGUUAUAGCGGCUUUGGGAAAUAUGGAUUGAAAUUUUGUAAAUUAAAUUAAAUGAAUAAA